CCGGAGGCGAGUAGAGGCGUCGGACGCAGACAUGCAAUAUGCGGCCCGCUCAUGGAACGUGAGCGGCUGAGUCUACCAUAAAGACCCCCCUAGGAACUUCCGUUGGUACUAUCCUCGCCCCAUUCAAUAAUAUAUACAAUGGGUGCUGCAGUUGACAAUGUCCAUCCACCCGUAUGGCGGUCGCUCCUACGUCUAACCAGAUUACAUCUGUUCCCACUUGGAUCUGACCUUGCGUUUUGGCCUUCAGCCUGGGGCUUAACCCUGAGCGCAUGCGCCACCGGACUUCCCCCUAAGCAACUAGCCAAUGUCAGCUUCUGGUUCUUCGUGGGGGGAACCCUUCGACACAGCGCCGGAUGCAUAUGGAAUGACAUAUGCGACCGUGAAUACGAUCGCCAAGUUGAGAGAACGAAGAGCAGGCCUAUCGCAUCGGGCGCGAUCUCAGUUCCGUCUGCGUUAAUGUUAUACCUGGCACACGUUCUCGCCUGCAUCUCGCUCCUCAUGCAGGCAGGCCCGGACGCUACGCGGAUUGGUCUGGUUAGCUUAGUCUUACUCGACGUACUGUACCCCUUCAUGAAGCGAUGGACGUCCUGGCCGCAAGUAAUUUUAGGUAUUACAUCCGCGAUCGGCGUGCCUGUUGGGUGGGUCACUGUGGCGGGCAAAUCAACAGGCGAGCAGGUUGUCGCUGCUCUCUUUGUUGGAUGCAUCUGCUGGACCAUUUAUUGCGACACUAUCUACGCAUGUCAGGACCGACAUGAUGACCUGAAGGCCGGUGUGCACUCCACUGCCCUCCUGUUCGGCAACUACGUUCGCCCUGUCUGUGCUAUAUUUGCUGCAAUUUUUGUCGCUUGUAUGGCCACGGCCGGUGCUUUGAAUGGUCAGGGUCCCUUGUUCUUCAUCAUCACUGUACUCGGCACUGCCGUGACGCUGGCGUGGCAAGUGGCCACUGUCGACCUUGACAACGGUGCUGACUGCAUGAAAGCCUUCAUGGUUGAUGCAUACCUUAGUUAUGGUAUGUGGGCUGGAAUGCUCCUUGAUUAUGCCUAUAGGAUGAUUGUUUGAAGGGGGGAGCUUAUGUUUCAUCUUGCUUUAUUCCGCUGCAGAUUUGUGUUAUGCAAAGAAGC